UCCAGUACUCUUCCCCUCCUCGGUCCUCCCUCUUUCUUCCCCUUUCUGGUCGUGCGGACAAAUCCGGAGGCAGCGGUGGUGGUAAAAGCGGCGUUUUCAAUCGUGAGCGGAGAUAUAACUUUGAACGGGGUCCUCUCUCCCUCUCGCUCCGCAAUCCAAUUUCUUUGGAAUUUCUCUACAUUUAACGCCACGGAUCCAAAUCUUCCACCAUGAAUGGUUCGGAAGACGGGUACAAGCCUGGAACGGGUUUUGAAGAGGACACCAAGGACCCUCUUAUUGAUAUCUCUUUGACGGACUCGACGGAGCUUUGGCUCAUCCAGUGGCCCAUCAACCAAUUAAAAGCUGCUGAUUUCCAUGGGAAAGAACUGAAGCUGAAGCUACAUCGUGAUGGGCAACUUGGUAGCCUUGAGAGUUCAUCUGGAAAGUCAUAUGAUGUGGUCAGCUUUGCUGCUCAAGAGCCAGAUGCUACUGUCUUCCUACCCUCUUCAUCAGAAUCAAAAGUUGUGGGGAAGAUUUCACGCCGAGUUUGUUUAGUGCGAUAUCCAGAGGCUAGUGAAUUUGAGAAACCUGGGUUCCGUAAUCUCAACUUGAGCAGGCAAAGAUCUGAGGGUUCCAUGAGGAAGAGCAUGUCCCGUUCUGGGAAGUUUGAAAGCACUCGUGAUACCUUGACUUCAGUUCAUAGCCUUGGACCAAGAAGUGUGGGAUUCUUGCGGCAUUCCAACAAGAAGAAGAGACAGGAAGAUAGCACACCAAAUUCAGAUAUAUCUUUGAGGUCUGCAGAACAUACUUCUGGUCCAGAAAGCCAGAUUACCAAUACUUCAUUAGGAUCGGAGGAAUCAAAGAAGAAAAAGAAAAAGAAGAUCAAGGUUGAGGAGUAGAUAUUUGUUGCAUAGUGAAGCCCAAGAAAUUUUGCAGUCGUUUAAAGUACCAUCCUCCAAGUGUUUACAAGUCGGAAUUUCUCAACUUCUCAGAUAUUGCACCUGGCUUUAUUUGCAUAGCAAUUCAGUUUUGUUUUAUUUUUAUGUUAUUAGUGAGAUAGUUUGCUACUAAAUCACAUCAGAGAUUGUCAAAUGCCAGUUGUUCUCUUUUAGCAAAGCUAGGACAGGAAUCUUCAAGAUGUCAAAAACAUUUAUUAUGUUUAUCAAAUGUUUGUGAUGUUUCUUUAAAUGACAAAUAUAAGGGAUUUCUUAUUGCCU